ACGGAGCAAACAAACACGGCACGAUCGUCCUCCUGGUCCGCAAGAUAUGAUUCAACAAAAAUUCAAGCAAGAGGUGUUUGCCAAACCUCAAGAAGAAAUGUUGACCAUCCAAGUUAAAAAUACCACGUUGCAUCUGAAUGGGCAAAACCUCCGACUGGCAGCUAAAAAUGGCCGCAAUUCAAAAACACCUGGCCUCCAUCUGUCAGCCACACAUGGAAAGGAGGCACUGGGUCAGCUUACGGUCUCCUCGCCGACCCAGGAGGGCACAGCACAGUUGGACUUGUUGGUGCUCAAGUCAGCCAGGCCUGACUCAAAGAGGCAGGCAGAGAAUCAGCCCAUGAGACGCCCCUUGAAGCUUGCCCCUCUGCAGCUGCCAGAGGAGGUGAUGGAGGCUCAGAGGCAGAAACUCCAGCAAGAAGCCAAACCUGCUUCCUGUAAGCUAGAUGAGCCCAGAACAAGGACUGUGAAAUCCUGCGUGAGGCAGACACCAGUUAAAGCAAAAGUGGGCCCUUCUGUUUCCACUGAGCCACUCAAAGCCCAACAGCAAAACAGAUCCUCCAGGCCCCAGCUGACACGCUGCAUCCCCAUAGAGCAGAACGGAGGCAAGAAUCUGGAGGACGUGGUGUGUCGAGGUACCCCAGCUCCAAUGUGCAGCAAACCUGCCCCUCCUUUGCUUUCUCAGCGAAUUAAAGCUCAGGCCACACGUGGCGGCGGGACGGCAUGCCAGCACCCCGGCACCCUGCAGCAAGAGACGGGGAGGAGGCGGCUGAGGCUGAGCAGAGCACAAUGCCUCCAAGAGGAUCAGUGCAAUUCAAACCCAUCAACAGGAGGAUUACCUGCAGAUGAAGGCAAACUGGCCCCGGGUGUCCAAGGCAAAGGGCAGCAGGCAGAGAGGGUUUGGAGAGGCCAGACACAUGCAGGAAAAGUCAUUAAAGAGAUUCCUGGACCUGGAACUCCCUGGGAGCAUGGAAGUGCCAGGAAGAGCCAUCAGGAAGGAGGCAGUCAGCAAUCUGCAGGAUGCUCUCUGAACCACCAGUCGGCCGAAGCUGGAAGCAGUGAAUGUCUGCUUGAUGGUGUUAACCAAAGUGCUUCUAAUUGGAGAUUAAAGAGGAGAAAACCCUUGAUCGCAAAGCACAACAAUGUAGUUCAUCUGGGACGUCUCCAACUGUGAUUAAAUUGCAGCUUGGAAACUCACAAAAUGAUGUCAUACAUAGAGACACACUUGUCAUGGCCACACUCAACAGAAACAGGCUCAUGUUGCAGUUUGGAAGCUCUUAGUAUUCUACUAAACAGUGAUAAAAGAACCAAACAAUGUAAUUUCCUCAUCAGAUGAAAAAAAAUAACACAUGUAGGAAUGAGAAAAUGCUUUCUAAAGCUGUGCAAUUAUAGACUGCUUUUAAAUUAGUUCUUUUUAUGAGCUUAAAUGUCUAAAAUCUGCAAAAGCAGCUUUGUUCUUUUUAAUGACAACAUGAGUAAAUAAAGCCAGUCCUAGAAAAGGCACCUCAUGAAAUCUCAGUGUCUGGCCAAAAGCCAAAGAACCCUCAACUUCAUUAAUAGUCGGGAGCAGUUUCUCUUGUGCUCCCAAAAUAGAAAAUAAAUAAAUAAAAAGACUGAACAGCAUUUCAUGUGCCAGGUUACUUUAAGUUAUGGACUGUCCCAUUUCCAAAAGCUAUUCCCCAGAUCAGAGUGUGCACUGAUUCAAUUAGGUGAAGCAGCCAUGGCACAAAGCAACGCUUCUGGCACAUCACAAGAGGAGCAAAAUCACUGUAGUCGAACCAAGAUAAUGGGACAGCAGAUAUUUCUUGCAAAGGCAAAAAUCAUCUGGGAAAUGAUCAGAAAUUAAGGAGUGUGUAGGAUGUUUUCUGACCUGAGAUCAGUGGUUGUUAUUACAUGGAAAUUUCAAGUAUAGAGCUCCUUUCCAUUGGUUGAAAAAUUAUCAUUACAAUGGACACAAUGUGAAUGUAUAUACAGUAUAAUAAAUCUGAGACCCAAAUGACUAGUUUUCUCUUUUGCCCCAAGUGUACAAAUAAUAAACUAAACUAUUAAAAAUGUAA